CCUGCUCGCUACCUGUAUUUGCAAGCGCGUCCUAAUGCAGCUGACGUCCAUAUGGCCACGUCCGUCGUCGUCUGCGCCAGACAGACAGACAGACAGACAGUCAGACAGACAGACAUGCCGACUGCUGAUGGAUAUGCAGCAAACAAAAACCAUGGCAUGUGCGCACACACCAAGGACAGCGGGCCAAUCAGACCCCAGGGAUGUAACAAAUGCAGACACACGGCGCUACCUACCUGACAAACCUAACCUAAACCACACCCACGCGCACACAUGCAUGCACGAAGACCUGUUGGCUGACUGACCAGCCACGACACGCAACUUGGUGACACGAAAACACCUCAGUGAAGCCCAUCGGUGGGUCAUUCCUUCAGCGCCGCCGGCCGCCAUUGCCAGCGAUGGUGUCGAGCACCUUUUGCAGAUCAGUUCCCUUGGGCAUGCUCGAAUACACAUUUGUCGCCACUAUGAAUUGAUCUGCACCCAUGCAAUACACGCACAGCAGGCAGCCAUGCAGACAGUGCGCACACACCGUCACCGACGCAUCGGUGCCUACCGCGUGUCUUCAGUCCCAUGUCCUUGAUGACUUGGCUGAGCUCCACCAGCAGCCCGCGGCCGUCUUCAUCCACUGCAUACAUUACCUGCACACACAGAUGCACACACGCACACAUACAAACAUGCCUUCCUUGCUACAUCCACGUAAGUCCUUGGCGGCAGUUUUUGCUGCCGACUGACCAGGGGGCAGUCCCACACGAGCAGGUCGUAGUGCAUGCCGACCACCAGCGACACAUCCCACGGCGCCUUCAUGCGCGACUGCAUCCAAUCCAGCACCACACAUUACAGGCAUGCCGUCGAAUGGAUGUGCGUGCCUGGCUGGCUGCCUGCCUGCCUGGCUGCCUGUCAUCCUGCAUUACCGCAAAGUAUCCACACUGCAUUGAUGCGUAUCCGGGCGACGCGACGCAAUAAAUACCCACACCCUCCAACGCCUGAACACACACACACAGACCCGCAUCCUCCUCUGAGUGUCUCAGUGUCAUUCGCCCACCUUCUGCAUCUGCUGGCCGAUCUUGCGCUGGGCGCUGAAGAUGUCACGGUUGCCCCAACAGCGCAGGAAGAACGUAGGAUUCUCAUUUUCUUGGGCACGCAAGUCGCCCUCAAAGCACACAAACUACAGGAAAGCAAUACAGAAUGCAUUGAGAGAUCGCUGUGUGUGCAAAGCAUCGGAUGUGUAACCGGCGUGAUGUCGAAACGUGUCUUGAGCGUCGUCAGGCGCUUCACGGCACUCCCUGUCAGCUGCUCCACUGCAGAUGGGUCGGCCACGAUCUCGCGAAGAUCUUUGCCGUCAGCAGCCUGAAGGCAAGCACACACAGCAGCAACAAGUGAAGCAAUGAACCAGGUUUGAACUGUUGGCUGUGCGCCUACCGUGAAGAUGACCUCUGCACCCUGCAAACAAAAUGGCCAACACGGAAGAGCACACGUAGCAAGGAACGGAUGGAGUGCAUGUUCCCUCUCUCACGUGAAAGGCCACACGUCUGCCCCGGAACUCCUCGAGGCUGCCUCUCAUUCCGCUCCGCUUGACGCGCUCCAGCAACACCGCAUUCUCAGCCAUGACGACACGGAUCUCAAGGUCAGCGCCUCUCUCGGAAAAGAUC